GAAUCAGUUAUAUACCUUGUGACCAAUACCUGCACAAGCAGGGACCACAAAAAUGAUGUUGUUGGUGUGUGCUUUGUGGCUCAAGAUAUCACCCCCGAGAAAGCUGUCAUGGAUAAAUUCAUUCAGUUGCGAGGAGAUUAUGAGGCUAUUGUACAAAGUCUUAAUCCAUUGAUUCCACCGAUAUUUGCUUCUGAUGAAAAUGCUUGUUGUUCGGAGUGGAAUGCAGCAAUGGAGAGGUUGACUGGUUGGACAAGAUAUGAGGUCAUGGGGAGAACACUUCCUGGUGAAAUUUUUGGUGGUCUUUGUCAUCUUAGGGGACAAGAUGCCCUUACCAAAUUUAUGAUUCUUUUCUACCAAGCAAUUGGUGGCCAUGACACCAAAAAGCUUCCAUUUAGCUUUUUUAAUAGGACAGGGGAGUUGGUGGAAGUGAUCCUAACAGCAAACAAGAGAACUGGUGAGCAUGGAAAUGUAACUGGGUGUUUCUGCUUCUUGCAGCCUACGAUGGUUGACCCAGAGACAUCAGAUGAGAGACAAGACGAUAAAGAACCCCUUUCGAAAUUUAAAGAAUACGCUUAUGUUCGACAGCAGAUGAAAAAUCCAUUGAGUGGGAUCCAGUUUACCCAUAAACUCCUUGAAGCAACCUGUAUUUCAGAUAAUCAGAAACAACUUCUGGAGACAAGUGAAGCCUGUGAGAAACAGAUCCUGUCUGUUAUUGACAACAUGGAUUUCAGAGCUAUAGAGGACGGCAGCAAAGUAGAGCUAAACAUGAAGGAAUUCAUUCUAGGAAAUGUUGUGGAUGCUAUUGUGAGUCAAGUAAUGAUUUUUCUGAAAGAGAAGAACUUACAGCUGCUGCGUGAUAUACCUGACCAGAUCAAAACCCUUCCUCUAUAUGGUGAUCAAAUUAAGCUUCAGCGUGUUCUGUCAGACUUCUUGCUUACUAUAGUUCAUCAUGCACCUUCUCCGGAUGGUUGGGUGGAAAUCAAGGUGUUACCUGGUUUAAGACUUGUACAAGAUGGAAAGGAAUUAAUUCAUAUGCAGUUCAGAAUGGCUCACCCUGGCCAAGGAGUACCUGCUGCUCUAAUUGAUGCCAUGUCUGGAGGAAGAAAUCGAUGGACAACAGAAGAAGGAAUCGCGUUGAAUGUUUCCCAGAAACUUCUCAAUAUUAUGAAUGGAAACGUCCAUUAUGUCAGAGAGGAAAACAAAUGUUAUUUCCUAAUUGACGUGGAACUCAAAACAUCGAAAUCUACACAAGUUCCGAGUUCAGAAGGAACUCAAGAAACAGAAAUCUAGACAACAUGGGCCAUAUUUUGAUGUAGAGUGUGCUAUCUCAAAGUACCUUUAGCCUUCCUCUGCACUUCAGGUUAAAUGUCUCCCUUUUUUUUUUUUUCCGGUAUUGUAUAAUGGAGAAUAUAUCUGGUAUUUCUAGAGCCUUGGAGUUGAUUGUGAUUCUCCUACCUUGUACAUGAUUACUGCUACUAUCAGCAGAGCAGCACAGGAUGUAUUUUCAUGUGGUUAGUUAUGCAAGUUGUAUAUUUCUUGUAUCAUAACGCUCUAAAACUAUCUUUCCAGAUAAGAUGCUCCAAAAUUAUGAUGUUUUGCUGGAUAGAAGAGUUCCAUUCAUUCAAGAUUAACUUCUUUAAA